AUGCUUUGUAAGGAUCCGCUGCCGCCGACAGCUGAUCGUAGUGACGAGAAUGCAGACUCAGCCGCUUCAUCGGACCAGGAAGACAAUGACAAAAGCACACGUUUGACAUUGAUGGAACAGAUUCUCCUAUUAGGACUGAAAGAUAGAGAGGGUUAUACCUCGUUUUGGAACGAUUGCAUCUCAUCGGGUCUUCGAGGAUGCGUUCUGAUUGAGUUGGCCCUCCGUGGUAGAAUUCAGUUAGAAGGUUGCGGAAUGCGCAAAAAGUCAUUGCUAACCAGAAAAGUGACUGUAAAAAAUAGUGAACCAACGGGUGAUGUUAUUUUGGACGAGGCUCUUAGGCACAUGAAAGAAACGAAUCCUCCGGAAACCGUGACCAGCUGGAUAGAGUAUCUCAGCGGAGAGACUUGGAAUCCCCUCAAGCUGAGAUAUCAACUUCGCAAUGUCCGAGAAAGGCUAGCAAAGAAUUUAGUAGAGAAAGGUGUUCUAACAACGGAUAAGCAGAACUUCCUUCUGUUCGAGAUCACCACCCAUCCUCUUUCUGAUGGAAAUCAGAAGACCAAACUCAUAAAGGAAGUACAAGAAGCUGUGCUAAGUAAAUGGACGAAUGAUGUUCAUCGAAUGGACAAGAAAAUGCUGUCGCUCGUCAUACUAGCUCAUGCUUCAGAUGUUCUGGAAAAUGCUUUCGCACCGUUGAGUGAUCAGGAUUACGAGGUUGCAAUGAAAAGGGUUCGAUCAUUGUUGGAAUUGGAAUACGAUGCUCAGGCGGAAAAGAAAGGGAACGAAGUG